AUGGUUUCCUUCUCUUACGCUGUGCCCACGCGCGGCACCGUCAUGCGGGAUGAGUCCGGACCUGUGGGGUUUACAGAAAAACUUCGAAUCCCUCCUGCACUCCCAGGCGUAGAGGGCAAAGACCCCUGUCCCGAGCCGUGCGAGGUGCAGAAAGCGGUGAAUACGGCCCUGCACCAGCGUUGGUGUGAGCUCGGGCAGGGAAGCAUUGUAGUGGGGCUUGAUUGGACCGCCAACGAGUUGCAGAAUGGCCUUGGAAACACUGAAUGGGACCUCGAGGACCUGGAAGAAACGAUAUCCUGGGGCUUUAGAAGGGUGGUGGUAAGGCAGAAAGAACCUCUGGCCACAGUAGGGGGCGAUGGGAGCCAGCCCUUUAAGGAAGCUGGACAGCUAGUAGUGUUUAAAGGCUGGAGAACGGGGGAUCAACAGCUGGAAAUGGUGUCUGGGAGCAUCCAGGCUCUGAAACAGUCGGGUCAUGUUGGGGAGGAGUUGGAUGAGCAGGGUAUGUGUGGCCAGGGCUUGGGGGACAUGCCUCUGGCUUCUCUGGUGCACAGGGGCUGA